CUUUGUUUAUUCAUGUCUGGUACCUUGUUUGGUUGCUAAGGGGUCCUCGGGAAAGUGUUUACAUGUGGCAGUGGCUGUGUUUUUAAUUUUUUUUAAUUUAUUUUAUCAUUGCAGACUGUCUCGAUUUCGAAGAUAUCCGACUAAGAGAUCCCAGGAAGUACAAUGGAGGCAAUGUGCAAGUGACCCUGCCUGCAAUAGGCGAGGAGUCCCAGAACCAGGGCCAUGAUUGGCUCACCUGGCCCUGGUGGGCGUGCCUUAGUGCCAUGGCCGAAGAUGUGGCGGGCGGUCCUGGUUGCUUCUCUGGUUGCCGUCUUAACUUUGACUCUGCCAGGAAGUAGCCAGGCCUGUCCGCCACGCUGCGAGUGUUCGGCUCAGCUGAGGUCGGUGUCGUGUCAGCGGCGGCGGCUCACCAACAUCCCUGAAGGCAUCCCCACCGAGACACAACUCCUGGAUCUCAGCAGGAACCGACUCCGAUGGGUGCAAGCCGGUGAUCUGGCGCCGUACCCCCGGCUGGAGGAGGUGGAUUUCAGUGAAAACCUCAUCGCCACAUUAGAGCCCAACUCCUUCGCAAGUCUGCCCAAUCUCAAAGUUCUGAAGUUAAGGAGCAACCAACUGAAGUUAGUGCCCAUGGGGGCCUUUGCCAAACUUGGCAAUCUGACCAGCCUUGACCUGAGUGAGAACAAGAUUGUGAUUCUGUUGGACUACACCUUCCAGGACCUGAAGAGUCUAAAACACCUGGAAGUGGGAGACAAUGAUCUGGUUUAUAUUUCCCACAAGGCGUUUUCGGGGUUGCUGGGACUGGAAGAUCUCACCAUAGCUCGCUGCAACCUGACCUCCAUCUCAGGCCAGACCCUGUCCUACCUGCGCAGCCUGGUCACCCUCCGCCUUCAUCACCUCAGCAUCAUGGCUCUUGAGGACCAGAAUUUCAGAAAGCUCUCAAACUUGAGAGGUCUCGACAUCAACCACUGGCCAUACCUGGAGUACAUUUCACCUCUCAGUUUCCAGGGUCUUGAUCUCCACUGGCUCUCCAUUACAAACACCAACCUCUCCUCUGUCCCCUCCGGUUCUUUCAAAAACAUGGUACAUCUAACCCACCUCAACCUUUCCUACAACCCCAUCACAGCACUGGAGCCUUGGGCCUUCAAAGACUUGCUGAGGUUGAAGGAACUCAUCAUGGUCAGCACAGGGUUGAUGGCGGUGGAGCCCCACGCCCUCGGAGGACUUCGUCAGCUUCGGGUCCUCAACUUCUCCUCAAACGACCUGCAGACUUUGGAGGAGGGUUCCUUCCACUCUGUUAACAGUCUGGAGACACUCAGAGUGGAUGGGAACCCUCUCAUGUGUGACUGCCGUCUGUUGUGGAUCCUGCAAAGGCGCAAGACCCUCAACUUUGACGGCAGAGUGCCAAUUUGUGCAGGGCCUGUGGAGGUGCAAGGCGUCAGCCUGAGUAGCUUCACCGAUUCCGCACUCUUUGAUCAUUUUACGUGCCAGAAACCUAAAAUUCGCAACCGCAAGCUUCAGCAGGUGACAGCUCGUGAGGGCCAGCCCGUGAAUUUCCUCUGCCGUGCCGAAGGAGAACCAGCACCCGCUAUCAUCUGGAUUUCCCCUCAGCGUCGACGGAUCACUGCCAAAAGCUCGGGCCGCGUCACCGUUCUCCCGAGUGGCACCUUGGAGAUCCGCUACGCUCAGCUUACUGACAGCGGAACAUAUAUCUGCAUCGCCAGUAACGCUGGGGGCAAUGACACCUACUUCGCUACGCUCACAGUACGCAGCCAGCCGCAAGAUGCUGCCUCAGCCUUUUUCUUCAAUCGCUCACUGUACAGCGGCGAGUUCUUCAAUGACACAAAUCUGAACAGCACUCGGGUGUUUCUCAAAUUUACCUUGGACUUGACAACCAUCCUGGUCUCCACAGCAAUGGGUUGCAUCACCUUCCUGGGGGUGGUCCUUUUCUGUUUCUUGCUGUUGUUCGUGUGGAGUCGGGGACGCGGCCAACGUAAGAAUAACUUCACGGUGGAGUACUCUUUCCGCAAAUCCGAGCCCGCGACCGGGAGCUCUUCGGGAGGGACCAGGAAGUUUAACAUGAAAAUGAUAUGAAACAACGCAGCCAGGGGUCCCUCGGGGGAGGCAUGAGCACGUUACUAAAACGUGUUUGACGCGCGCAAACACACACAGCUAUUGAAAUGCACAAAAUGGAAUAACUAUUAGUCUGUGGUUAAUGGCUUCUUUUAACACUAACAACAUUAAAACAGGAGCCAUCACUCCAUUGGAUUUGAUAUGUAAAGAAAUAAUCCCAUUUAAAAGCAUGCAGUAAGAAGAUACUAAACUGAAAGAGCUGUGCAUCAUUCAUGCUUUGUAUCAAUUACAGGAGUUGUAAAAUUGGCUGGGCUAUGGAAGAAGAGUAGUCUUUUUUUCUGGUUUCACUAAUGGGAGAAUUGAAAAAGUGACUUCGAUGUUCAUUUAAAUUUCUCAUUGCUGCGCCUUUGCAGUUGGGUAAUUUAAAAAAGACAUUUAUAGACUAUAUUUUCCCUUUAACAAAAGGGUGCCUGCAGAUUGAGGCGUACUUGUAUGUUGUCAACCCUGACUUCCAAUGUUAGGACUUAUCUAUUUUACAUUAUGAUCUAUGAUUAAUGUAUAUAGACUAUGAACUGAUAUAAACAACAGAUUGAAAAAAAAAAUGGGAUUUGGUCAUUAUUGGAAAGUUUCGCGACAGUAGCUGUGUGAGUUUGGGACGAGCACACUGGCCAAGAGUUGCCAUGGUGUCCCGCGUCGAUGCGGUUUGGUUUAAAGUCAAGCCUGCUGAACACGGAACACCAUGGCAACCAAUACAAUCAAUGCAAGAGAGAACACUGGGACUGGGUUAUUUGCCACACGGGGGUUUUCUGGGUCAAGUUGAAAGGACGGAAGAGGUCAUCUUCCUCCUGUCCGCAGCAUUAAAAGCUAAACCCGUGACCUGCAAUCGACAGGCGAGCAGUGACGUUUUUCCCCCGGCCUUCGUCCCAGCUCUCUGCUGCAUUGGUGGACAUCUGACCUUCCAAACGCUGCCAGGGGGGAGCAGCCUGGAUGGUUGGCACCUAUACUCAGAGGCAGACAGAGGGAACGUAGCAGUCCAACACGUUGAAACAUGCACACUCGUCCUCACACAAGUCAUAUGUACACCUUUCAGCAUAUGGAUGGUAGAAGUUCUCUCAGGAAAAAAACAUAGAUGUAGUGGGUAUACCCGGGUGAAUGCUGAUUGAUGCACGUUUAUCAAUGUGUGAAGAAACUGACACGUGGUAAUUGGGAUUGUUUCAAGCACAUGCAGCAAACCAACUUUAAUUAGUGUGACAAUUAACAAACUCUUCCAUUCAUCCAUUAAGACCACAUUCAGCUGGAAUAAAAAGUCUAAACACCUUUGUUCAAAAUGCCAGGUUGUUGUGAUGUGAAAAAUGAGGCCAAGGUCAAUCUUAAAAGUUUUUAUGCCAUUAAAGUGACUUAUAACUGCUACGACUCAAUUGAAAGAAACAAAUUUGAAAGGAGGAGUAAGAAGAAAAUCGGUCAGGAAGGCUGUAGGCAUUGUCAGAGCGGCAGGAAUUUCUAGCAAGUAAUGGCUGUUAAAUAACAUGUGACAGCUAUCUCCCGUUUUUUUUCACUUAUUUGGGCUCGGGGUAAGCGUGACAAAAUGAACACAUUAGCUUUCAAAUGUUAAACUUUGACCGUGAUUCCAUAAGUUCUUUCUGGGGCAAAAACAGCCCUGCUCACCACCCACUCAACAUGAACGUGAACACAGGCAUGUCUCCGGUUAUGAGAGGGUGUGAGCAUUUGUACAAUCGCAUUAUCUCUGUUGCAUUUUGUCUUCUCCUUUCUAGAACAUUUCAGUGUGUUGGUUGUACAGAUUGUAGGACACAUCAAAGGUGGAAAAGGUUUUGAGAAACCUGAAAUUUGACAAAGGGGUGUGUAGACUUUUUAUAGCCACUGUAGUAGGAACACAACCACACCGCAAAACUCUGACUGCUCUUUGUCUGUCUCUGUGAUGGCCCGUGUGUAAAUGCCUAUGCCUCCCCUAGCCCAGUGCAUCCCCCCUACUUACCCCCCCCCCUUCCCACCCCAAACACCCCCACUGGGUCCUCCUUUUGGGAGGGGUCCCUGGCUGGAGACUGCGGAUACAAAUGUAAAUGAAGUAGUGUUAACCCUGCCCACAACAUCUGCAUUGUGCAGUAGAGAGUCGUACUGUGGUUUUGCAAGCAGCUUUUUUUAACGGAGCUGCCAUGUUGUUCGUCCUCCAGUUUUUGAUUUCCUCGUCUCUCGUCAUCUGUGACACUCACUGUGAACCCUUUAAAAUAUCCCCGCUGCACCAUGUGGGUCCGUUCUGUUCUCAACAGGUAGUUACGAUGAAAUUGGCCUGAACAAUUUUAUAAUCCAUCCAUUUAUUUAUACUAGUUAUUCUGUUUUAGGUGGCGGGGGCAGGAGCCUCUCGCAGCUAACUUCAGGCAAAGGAAAAACUGUGCUCUUGGCUAUCAAUCACAGGCCUCAAAAAGCCAUAUUAGAUGACACUUAAGUAUUUUUAUUACUGAAUAUUGUACAAGAGACGACAUAUUAUAAAAAUGUAAAUGACUCCUCCUGUAUGGCUUUGAGUUUAGCCAUUCUACCUUAAAGAGGUUUGGGUUGUUUAAAACGCUAGCAAGCAAAUGUACAGAAGCCUCACUAAACUACUUCCUCACACCCCCCCAAAGUCUCACACGGCGCUAACGUGCACGAGCACGCCACUCAAAC